AUUAUUUAUAUUGUUGUUUUUUUUAAUUGAAUGUUGUUGUGAAGUGUCGUGACGUUACAAUGUCGGAGGCUGGCCGUCGCGGUACUGCCUACACUAUAGACAAUAUACUCGGACAUACGGACAGACAACCAGAUCGCAUUGAACUGAAGAGCGAGAGCGUCGCUCACUCAGACUCAGAGCACGAGCACGACCAUGAGCAUGAGUUGAGUGAGCACAACGAGCACGAGCACGGACACGGCGAGCACAGCGAGCAUGGCGAGCAUUUAGAGGCGUUGGAUGCUGGACGACCGCGCAAGCAGGUGCGUCGCAGCCGAACUACCUUCACCACGUACCAGCUCCACGAGCUAGAGAGAGCCUUCGACAAGACGCAGUACCCUGACGUCUUCACCAGGGAGGAGCUGGCGAUGAGGCUCGAUCUGAGCGAAGCUAGAGUACAGGUGUGGUUCCAGAACCGUCGUGCGAAGUGGCGCAAACGAGAGAAGGCUCUAGGAAGGGAUCACGCGCCGUUCAUGCAUCAUGACCAUGUGGUCGGUGAAUGGGGCGGCGGUGGUCCUCCGGGCGGAGAGUGGUGGGCUCUUGGUCUUGGAGCUGGUCUCGGCGCGCUGGGGGUGCCGGCACCGCUGUGGCAUGAUGCUGAACCGGCCGCCGCUUUCAGAGCCUUGCUGCAUAGGUACGUCCUCGCUCUACCACCACCAGCACUGCGACCUCCAGAGCCAGAACCAUCACCAUCAUCACCGCCGUCGCCCCCCUCCCCCUCGCCCUCCCUCGCCCGCCUCGCCAGCGCCGAAGCCCUCCGUCUCCGAGCCCACGACGCCCUCAUCCAGGACCGAGUACUUCUCCAACACAACAACAAGGUCCACACGUAACAAGAGGAGACUAUUCAGUGGCCAGAUAUGAAUGGACAAUAGACAUUUGAGGUGCUGUACGUUUUUGUCAAUGUGAGCAGUGAUGGCUUUUUGUUUUUUGAUGAGUUUUUUUUUAAGAUGUUGGAU